UAUGUUGCCCAGCGACGUCGUAUCAAGCCGGGGGUCACGGACACGACGUACCUAAGAGAACAUUUCUACAGAGUGGAGCCAGUUGCGCGGCCGUCAGCAACCUACUGGCUUCGACGGGACUGCCUGCCUGCAGAGGAAAUGCACGUCGGCCCGGCAGCUCGGACGAAGCUUCGGCCAAGAGUCCCUAGCUGCCGACUGUUCUGAGACAUGCUGAGCGGGUUUCUCACGUGAGGAGGCUCUGCUUAAUCAUUGCACUUCUAACCGCAGUUUGGUUGGAGCCGCAGUUGUGGGCAAAGAUGGGUGUUGCUUGCGGAUGUGGUGUAUAUCCUUGGGUUGUCAAGAAGGCAGUAGUAUACCAUCUAACGAGUCUCCAAGCUGCCAGAG